ACCUCCAUCUUACUUCAUGUUUUGCCCCCUGCAAAAUAAAUCCAACAAAACAACUCAUGUGAGGGCCAAUCUUUCCUUCAUGGUUCGACCCAUCAUGCAUUAAGAAUUUCUUUCCUAAAUUAUACUAUCUAGUCUAUUGUGGAAUUGGGCCAGUUAUCGGCCCAAUCUGUCGGCUCGCUUUGUUGGCAUGUCCCCAACUUUCUCGGCUCGUCUGACUGAUGAUGGAGUCUUCCUCGUGUGCUUUCCUGCUCAGUUGUUCCUCCUGGCCCAAAGCAAGUCCACUCCAUGGACCCUCUCGACCCAAGUCGAAGUCCGACAACCAUCUUGCUUAUGGGCCAUCUCGGAUAUGCGGCCCAUUACCUCUAGUAGGCUUAGGGUUACAGAGGAAAGGAAACCACCAUCUUCCACCUUCUCCUCUCUUUCUGGCAGCUUCUUCUCCUCGUCGGCCACAAUAGAGGAAGCCGCCAACCGCACGACCGACGCCUUUGUCGUCUCCACUUUCUCCAGCGUCUCGUUUUCCGGCGGAGGCUUCUUCUCCAAGGUCGCCUCCUCAACAACCAAUGUCGCUAAGAAAGCUUCUAUCAAACACGCGUCCACCUCUGUCUUCUUCCUCGACGGCAGGCAGAUCGGCGAUUGACGUGGCGAUCGGUUCGCCUCCAGCCUCUUCUUCUCGGUCGUCUUCUUCAACUCCCUCUACCCUUUCGACGUCGCCUCGAGUGGCGUCGCCAUCAAUCGCAUGCCCAUCUUGGUAGUGCGGGUCACCCUGACUCAACGCCAAUUCCAUCUCUCUGCCCAAGAUAAUGGCCAAAAUGAUAAAUGGUAAUAGGUGGA